AUGAAGCGACUGGCGUUCCGCAAGUUGGGACGAUCAUCGUCUCACAGGAACCAUUUACUUCGUAACCUUGUCACCUCGCUUUUAACACAUGAGCGCAUUGUGACGACGGUAGCGAAGGCAAAAGAAGCCUCACGUAUGGCUGACAAGAUGAUCACGUUAGGCAAGCGUGGUACACCUACAGCACUGUCUAGUGCACAGUCGUAUUUGUUUAACCCUGCGAUCACCCUACCACGUUUGAACGAGAUGGCGAAGCGAUAUGCAGACCGUGCUGGUGGAUAUACCCGCGUUCAUUUGAUGGGUCACCGAAAGGGAGACAAUGCGCCGCGUGCUGUCUUAGAGUUGGUGGACAACCCUACGGAUGUGAAGCUCGAUAUGACGGCACGUACAAUGGCACGGGAAGCAUAUAUCUUGCUGCACAAGGCUCAUAAAAAUAUCGGAUGGGAGGCUCUGCAGUCUCUUAUUCAGGCACAGGCCUCGAUUCCCAUUGAGCAGGAUACACGAUUCCACGAUCUGACUCGUCGUAACAUUGCGAAGCUUAUUCGCUUCCGUGGCGACGAGGCACGAAAGGAACUUUCGACAAAGGCAGCACAAUACCUAGAGCGGAUGUGGGCUGAAAACACAUUGGAAGGCCCUCGCCGUCCUGAUACAGAGCGUUGGGAUGCUAUGGAGUUGGCACGCCCCAGCCGGGGACGCACAUUGACACGUCCUAUGAAGGGUAAUCGUGUCUAUGCCGGUGAGCUUCUGCCCGAGGUCGCGGCGAAGGUGGGUGAAGAGACAGAAGUGGCAAAGCCUAUUCGUCGCCGUGACCGUAGUAUGGCACCUACACGCAUUGUUCGCACGCAAAAGCCUAGUGUGGUACGACUUGCUAAAGGUGUCUUUGCUAAGCGCAAUGUUCGUGGUGUAGCACGGCCAAGCUCGUGA